CUUAAUCCGACAAAACCCAUGUUGGGAAUUGAGGAACUUUAGCCAUGGAAGUGUGAAUUUCGUUAUAACAAAAGAUUGGGAAACCCAAGUUUGAGACACAUGAAGUGGAAGCACCAAAGAAAGAGAAAUGGAAGACAAAGAAGAGGCUGAAGCUGCAAAGGAAGAGAGAGAGGAAGAAGAGAAAAGCUGCAAAUAAGAGGGAUCCAAGAAGGCUUGGUCUUAAGGGGAAAAAGAAGAAGCAGAAGUUUGACACUGCUGAAGAAAGAAUUAAGCAGCAGAAAAAAAAAACAAAACAAAAAAAAAGGCAGAAGCCUCCAAGAGCUUUGAGAACAACAGCAACCAAACGACGCCGCUCACCUCUCUCCCUCAAAUUCGUAGUACCUCCAGUGUGCUCCUCACGAGCGUCCAUCAAGGAAUAUGCUAGAAGCUUCCAAAGAAGGGCCACACGACUCUCAUCUAACGGAUUUCUCAAAAUCUGUUCAAGAAAUCCAUUUGAUUUCGUACGAUUUGUUUCAAUUCCUUGCUGUCAAACAUUAUCUGCUAAGGAAAUUUUGAUUUUUUUAUUCUCCUUCAUCGAUUGGAGCCCAGAAAUUUACCCCCAAAUCAUCCUAUAAAUAGUCCUCUCGUACUACUAAUACAAAAGGUGGAUUGGAGUUAGAAAUUUGGGGAAGAAAACAGUGUUUUUGUGAAUCAAACUCAUGAAGGUUUGAACCCUAAUAUUCUACUCUUUUUUUCGUUCUGCGGCUGUCUUUGGAGGUGGAGUUUGUCUUCCUCAAUUUGGGUCUCAGCUCGCUGCCAUAAAAAGGUGAUAAAUAGCCUAACUUCGAGGGUCUUCACUGUCCCCAUUGCCAUGAAGUAGCUCGCCAUCCCCGUUGAAGGCGGACAACUACAUUGUAUGGCUAUUCCUCUAUUUCGAGGUUUCCGAAGACUUCCGUUACUUUCACUCCGCAGGCCUCUAUCCUUUUCCUCUACCUCUUACAGGCCAAUUCUUGGAAACCCAGAACAUUUUUUGCUCUUGUCAAGGUUCGUGCCUCAGAAUAGCUUAAUCCGACAAAACCCAUGUUGGGAAUUGAGGAACUUUAGCCAUGGAAGUGUGAAUUUCGUUAUAACAAAAGAUGGGAAACCCAAGUUUGAGACACAUGAAGUGGAAGCACCAAAGAAAGAGAAAUGGAAGACAAAGAAGAGGCUGAAGCUGCAAAGGAAGAGAGAGAGGAAGAAGAGAAAAGCUGCAAAUAAGAGGGAUCCAAGAAGGCUUGGUCUUAAGGGGAAAAAGAAGAAGCAGAAGUUUGACACUGCUGAAGAAAGAAUUAAGCAGAAGAUUGAAAAUGCAAAAGUCAAAGAAAUCCUGCUAAUUGAGAGACUAAAGCGAUAUGAGGUUUCAAAAGUUCAAGGUCCUCAGGUUAAGCCACACUUUCUCACUGGCGAAGAACGAUUCUAUAUCAAAAAGAUGGCGCAAAAAAGGUCUAAUUAUGUGCCAAUUGGCAGAAGGGGAGUCUUUGGAGGUGUUAUUCUUAAUAUGCAUCUACAUUGGAAAAAGCAUGAAACUGUCAAAGUCAUAUGCAAACCUGGUCAAAUCCAAGAAUAUGCUGAUGAAAUUGCAAGACUGAGUGGUGGCAUCCCAAUUCAGAUAAUUGCAGAUGAUACAAUAGUUUUUUAUAGAGGAAGGGAUUAUGUGCAGCCCGAAAUUAUGUCUCCUAUUGAUACACUGUCGAAGAAGAAGGCGUUGGAAAAAUCCAAAUAUGAGCAGUCGCUAGAGUCUGUGAGACGUUUCAUUGCCAUUGCUGAGAAGGAACUUGAACUCUACUACAGACAUGUUGCCUUAUAUGGUGACCCAAGUAAUCGGAGUGCUCACUCCAUCCUUGAUGAUUCAAGAAGCACAAGAGGAAAACGAAAUGCUGAGAUAGGAGAGAACUGUUCAGCAAGCGAAUCUAAACUGUCCGAUCUUGAGUUGUCAGAAAUUGAUGAUAAUUAUUCUGAUGACAACCAGUCUUUAAGUUAAUUUGAAUUUGAGGAUACUAACGAAUCAAAUUUGAAUUUGAGGAUACUAACGAAUCAAGUAGUGAUGAAUUGGAUUUUGGGAGGGGGCACUAGUAAUUACUUAGGUAGCAUAUAGGGAACUACUAAUCAAGAAUUUCAUGGAUUUGAAGAUUGAGACCUGAAAUAAUUUGGUUUUAAUUAUAGCUCUGAUAAUUGAGGGAUCAGAAUAAAAUAGUAGGAUUUUUCAAGUCCAAAUCUUCUGAUUGGUUGUCUUGAAAUGGUACAAAAACUAGAAUUUGAUCCUAAAUUCACCUGACCCAAGUUUAUGAACUAAUGUUAUAGUCUAGCUUAAAAUUUCUGAUUCUUAUUUAUAGUUGACCUUUCCAAUUGGUUUCCUUGUAUGGACGCUGGACUUUAACAAGAAGGAUUGCUGGUAAGAUUAUCUAGGGACCCUCCUCCUUGUGUUGGCAACAUCUGACCUGAUUGUUGAUGUUUGUAACUUAACGGUGAAAUCCGACUUUUAUUUCUUCAAUUGAUGGCUGAAAGGAUUUGUUUAAAGCUUCUAUAAAAUCUUCGUGGGCAAAUCUUGGUUACAGUUUGACUCCCGCGGAACUGCAAUAAAUGGCAUUCAGGCUGGUUGAAGAGAAGGGCCAGAUAUUUUCCUGAUUUGGUUUUGAUAGUAUUGGGGCCAAGCCAGCAAAUUUGCUACACCUGAUCAUCUCAUACAAUGGCUUGCAAAGUAAAGCAUCAUGUCAAGGUGGAUAGUAUGAGUCCAAAUGACGAAAAUGCUAAUUGAUUUCUUCUCAUCUGUCUAGUUUUAAUAGACAGAGUUACUUUGUACGUGUGCUUGUGGGAGCUAGGAUGUAGCAGAUAUUCGGUGGAACAGUUGAAUGCUUGAUAGUAAAUAGAAGAUACUUUCCUCAAAGUCAGAUGUGGCAAUGAGAUGAGAAAACAUUUGCUAACUUUGUAACCAUGUUUUGCAAAAUUUACUAAUUCUUGUCUAUUUUAAGAGGCAAAGUCAGUCAGAUUUGUCCUUUAAAUGAUAUGUAAAUUUAAAAGAAAAACAUAUUUGUUUACUUGAUGCGUUGAUGGUUGGUUUCUGUAAUGCAAGGAAGAUAAUGGAAGCGGCUCCCUUCCAGUUUGUCCAGUA